AUGGCAUUCGACACCUUCCAUCACAACCCUGAACACGGCGUUAUCGUCUGUCGGCAGUGUGAGACCUGCCUAAUGCCCAGAGAGAGCAGCUGGGUCGGUCACCUCCGAAUUCGUCCACACCAUAUGAAAGGCGAGCAUCUUGUUCGCACCCUCGAGCAUUUCCACAGCUUUGGUAAUUUCAGCAGCGUCGACGACUUGCGUCAGCGGGCAGCGGCCAGACGCCGACAAGAUCAGCCAUGUCGGCCCGUCGACGGUCUUGCCCUGUACGAAGGAUUCAUUUGCACCUGUACAGCAACCUGCUUUUUCAGCACACGACGACUCGACAAGAUCCGAAAACACAUAUGUGUCCACGGCCGAAAGCCCAAAGAGCACUCUGACGCUACUCCGCUCUGGCGCGCCUGCCAGCUUCAGACCUAUUUUACAGCCAAGGGCAUCAUUGAUUAUUUCGAAGUCGACGACGCAGUGCCCAUUCACCCUCAGCAGACAGCACGGCUCGACCCAUCCUGCACGAUUUCCACUUUGGCAUCCACAUCCGCAGCCACCUCCACCCCAACGAGAACUGAGGAUGGGCGGGCGGCCAUCUUUGAAGACGUGAAGGGCGAAAUCGAGGCGGUUUUUGAGCCGGCGCGGAGGGCGCAAGAUCCACUGCGCGCCAAUGCCCGCGCGGAUCGCGAGCCGUGGUUGGUGAACACGGGGUUUGGAGCGCAUCUGGACGGGUUGCUGGACGCUGAGAUCCGCUCUUCGUAUGCGCUGCCUUCAAGCGUGGAUGCAGAACUUGUUCUUGACGACGCUCCCGAGGACGCAAGCAACAGCGAUCUGCAGCGCAUCCUCGUAGCAGCCGAGCACACGCUGCGAGACGCGUACCGGUUGUGCAGCGACACUAGUGCGCGGUACAAGCUGACGCAGCAGCGUGCAAUCGCGCUCAGCCAGUUCCGGCUGGGCGAUGCAAGUGAAGAGCCGAACUCGAGAGGGUCCUACUUCCGCCGCUUCAAGAACGAAAGGACGCUGGUCAACUACUUUCGGCUGACCAAGCAGCUGCUCACGUACUACUACCGCGUCGUCUACCGGCGCGACGGCCACUUUACGAGCAACACGGAGGGCCAUUCGCUUCCGCAGGACGUGAUCAAGCCUUCUGCGGAGCAAUUGGAGGCAAUGAACGCCAUCAUCGAGGUGCUGCGCCUAGUAAUUUGUGUCCCAGCGCUUACACUAAAUGCAGCGCCCCAGAUCCCGGAGAGCCAGGGUGCAUCUGCAAAAUUGACGCGAUUUCCGAGGUCGGAGUUGGCUCCAGGGUACUAA